GAGAUAGCAAGAUAAAAAGAUAGCGAACGAGCGAGAGCGAAAGAGAGAGAAAAAGAAAGAAAAAAUAAGAGAUAGACAAAUCUCAUCCUAUUAAGGUGUUUCCUCUCACUACUCGUCUCUAUCUCCUUACUAACGAUAUAUUAUGGAUGUAUCUACUUUUAUCAUGUUAUUUUACCACGAAAAUAUCGCCUUACGACAGUUGUCCAUAUCAUUGGACCACGCGCUCUGACGCAAGGAUACACCGCCGUCAGACGAAUCAUCAACGGUGGCGUGCAGUCGCCAGUAACUCAGUGUCUUCUUCGGAAAUCUUUUUACUCCUGACAAGAAAUUUUAUACUUCUCCAAUGGCAGAAAAAUUACGAGAAGGUCUUCUCCUGGGUAUGGGAAAUCCCCUACUUGAUAUAUCUGCAACAGUAGAACAACAUUUUCUGGAGAAGUAUGACUUAAAAGCCAAUAAUGCUAUUCUUGCGGAUGAAAAACAUAAACCUCUGUACGAUGAGUUAAUUGAGCUAUAUAAUGCUGAUUUUAUCGCUGGUGGUUCUGUACAAAAUACACUGAGAGUAACACAAUGGUUUUUGGAGAAGUCAAAAAUUGCAACUUACAUGGGUUGCGUAGGUAAAGACAAAUAUUCAAAAAUACUAGAAGAGCGAGCUGUUACAAAUGGUUUAAAUGUUCGCUAUCAAUAUACGGAUCAGGAACCAACUGGAACUUGUGCCGUUCUUAUCACAGGAAAAGAAAGGUCUUUGUGCGCUAAUUUAGCAGCUGCAAACUGUUUCUCAACUUCGCACAUAGAAAUACCAGAAAACAAGAAGCUUAUAGAAAAUGCUGAAUAUAUUUAUAUUUCUGGAUUUUUCUUAACCGUUAAUCCAGAAGUAAUUCAAAUAGUGGCUAAGCAUGCAUGCGAAAACAAUAAAAUAUUCAUAAUGAAUCUCAGUGCACCAUUUAUAUCUGAAUUGUUUACAAAACCAUUAGGAGAUGCUUUUCCUUAUGUAGAUAUUUUGUUUGGUAACGAGACAGAAGCGGAUAUAUUUGCUAAAGCUCAUGAUUUUAAAACAACAGACAGAAAAGAAAUAGCAUUGAAGAUAUCUCACAUGGAAAAAGUAAAUAAAAAGAGGAACCGUAUUGUCGUAAUUACGCAAGGUUCUGGACCAGUUAUUUUAGUUAAAGAUAAUGAAGUAAUAGAAUUUCCUGUUACCAAAAUCCCAGAAGAAAAUGUAAUUGAUACUAACGGUGCUGGAGAUGCAUUCGUAGGAGGUUUUCUUGCACAACUUAUUCAAGGGAAAGAUAUAGAAAUAUGUAUAAAGUGUGGUAUUUGGGCUGCCACACAAAUCAUACAAACAUCUGGAUGUACUUACAAUGGCAAACCUGACUUUAAACUUUGAUUGGAUAUAGAUUUAUUAGCAAUUGUAAAUCCUGUACUUAAAUAAAUAUCUUAAUAACUUUUUACUUUA